GGAUAUUCGCGCUCCCGCCUCCGAAUAUUCUCCCCUGACCGUUAUAUCUCCACCCACCCCUCGCUCAACUCUAUCCUCCCUCGCUCUGAGAUACCCGUCCGUUUCGCUUUGUUUUCCUUCACUUUCCCUUCCAUUUUUCUCUCCCUCUCCUGAUUUCUCUUUUUCUUUAUUUUUUUCCGAGAAAGUUUUGUUAAGACAUGAAGUUCGGGAAGAGUCUCAGCAACCAGAUCGAGGAGACACUGCCCGAGUGGCGGGACAAGUUUCUGUCCUACAAGGAGCUGAAGAAGCGGGUGAAGAUGAUAGAUCCUAAGGUAGGGGACGCCGGCGGCGAGAGGUCUAGCAAGCGCCCGAGAUUGGCUGCCGGAGAGAAAGAGGCGGCCGGUAUGACGAGAGAGGAGGUGGAUUUCAUCAGUUUGUUGGAGGAUGAGCUGGAGAAAUUCAACACCUUCUUUGUCGAGAAGGAGGAGGAAUAUAUCAUCAGAUUGAAGGAAUUGCAAGAUAGGGUGGCAAAGGCAAAGGAUUGCAAUGAACAGAUUAUAAAAAUCCGAAAGGAGAUCGUGGAUUUCCAUGGAGAGAUGGUUUUGUUGGAGAAUUAUAGUGCCCUCAACUACACAGGAUUAGUAAAAAUACUAAAGAAGUACGACAAGAGGACUGGUGCUCUCAUUCGCUUGCCCUUCAUCCAAAAAGUCUUGCAACAGCCAUUCUUCACCACUGACAUGCUUUACAAGCUUGUGAAAGAGUGUGAGACAAUGCUCGACCACCUCUUCUCCACAAAUGAACCACCCUCUUCAACAGAGGCAGGUGGUGGGGUUGAAAGAAGUGAUCCGGAAACUACCUCCACUGCUAAUAACGAUGGUAUUCUCAGAGGGCCCAAGGAACUUGCAGAGAUCGAGUAUAUGGAGAGCUUAUACAUGAAGAGCACCAUAUCAGCUUUGCGAGUCCUCAAGGAAAUUCGAAGUGGAAGCUCAACUGUUAGUGUUUUUUCGUUGCCGCCACUGCAAAUUAGUGGGCUGGAGGAAGCUUGGAAGAAGAUUCCCAUUUUGGAACAAGUAGCCAAGUAGUUUUUUUGUGAUGCAAAUGGGAUGAGAUGAUGUUCAUGUUGUCCCCUUUUUUUCCCUUUUUUUUUUGGCAGAAAAAACUUAUCAUGCAUCUUUUAUGCAUGUCUUAGAUACUAACACACAUGUAAAAUUCCUUAGCUGCUUAAGCGGGAGUGAGCUUCCUAAUAUAGGAGCACAGUUCUGUAAUAAGUUUUAAUCUUUGGCCUUUUUUAGAAUUUAAUAGUUGUUUAGCGAUAUUGGGUUGGUUACUAUAUCUCGAAAUAGUGAAAUACAGAUGCCGUUUCUCCA